GGUACAGAGGAGGGAGCCAGGUUUCCUGUUUGCAGUUUUGUUCCCGCCCACUUGCACUUUCCUCUGUUUGGGAAUAUAUGCAUGCUGUGGUGUCAAGGGAGACCCAAAGUAUCUGUGCUUGUCAUCGCCAUCGCCAUGGGAAUACGGCUGCCGUGUGUCUAUCUGUUUGUUUUAUUCAUUUUGAACGAGACGUCUGGCUUUAAGAUUCAGAACAAGCUGCUGGGUAAAUGUUUGCAGGUGCAGGAAGGAACCUUGGGAAUUAGAGUGUCUCUGGGUGAUUGCAGCACAUAUUCGGCCUUACAGGAAUGGCGUUGGCUCCCAGAGAGCCAGGCUCUCAGAAGUCACCAUACCGGGGAGUGUCUGACUGCACCGGCAGAGCAGUAUGCAGGCGUCCACAUGCAGCCUUGCAUCUUUCAGGCUGAAAGUGACACGACUGGUGCUGAAGUGGGAAGCAGUCAGGCGUGGUCCUGUUCCAAGAAAGGCCACCUCACAUUAAUAGGGAGGGGGCUGCACCUUAGCGCCAGACAAGAGUCCACUUUGGUUUUCCUUUCAAGGGAGCAUAAGCAGCAGGGCAGCAGGUGGCGGACACUUGACAACCAGACAUUGUGUGAUGGGAGAGGCAGCAAACAUAACCAACACCAACCUCCCCAUUAUCUGUGGAAAUCGUUGGAACCUGGGAAUUUUCCAAGUGCCACCUCUGAUGUACUCAGACAUGCUGAACCAUUUGAAGAUAUAAUUGCCAAUGAGGUCACAGAAACAUAUCCUGUAAUAGAUGAGCCUCUUUUGUCCCUGAGCACCAAAUCCCCUGCCGAUCCCACCAUGAUUUUCUUAAGUAUGGACUAUGGGAUGGGCUGGAAGAUAACCAUGCUGGUAUUAAGCUCUUUGGCUCUGGUCCUGGGGACUGUGAUUCUUAUCCUCAAUGUUUACUCCAAUAAAAGGAAGAAGGUGGUGUGUGUUUUGAAGUCAUACGCUCCGAGGCCAGAGGUGAGUAUUCCCGGGUCCCCGGUGCCCAGUGAAAGAGCCCCGCUGACGGAGCAUGCCAUGCGCCUCCCACACUCCACCCCUACUUUACAACGAGGAGAAAUCUUGAUUGAGUGGAAGGAUGGCACUGUUACUCCACUUUAUGAGGCCUGAAGAUUGUACUGUUUAUGUAGAUUUGGACAUGGGUGUGUUUGUGCAUGCACACAUGGUUUCUUGUGCAAGGUUAUGCAUGUAGUCUUCUGAAUGUGUCUGAAGGAAGGGGAAUGAUAAAAACAAACGGUGAAGUACGUUUUCUGUUGUUUCAGACUGUUUUCAUCAAAAUACUAGACUAUUUCAUAAAAUGGAAAGUUCAUGGAUCAAUUUCAGAUAGUUUCUGGGAGGCUUAGCUGCCACAGGAAGAUAAAAGCUGUUGUGAAGCUUCCAGAAUAGAAAAGGCUGAGUAUGAGCUGGACUAUACUAUGAAAAUACUGAGUCCUGACCUUUGGCGUUGGAGCUUUGAGGGAUUGCUUGUUGGCUGAAAAGACUGUAAAAUUUAUGUUUAAGCAUUUAGACAGUGUUCAUAAACCUAUUAUGAGUACCAUUUAAGAGCUUAACAAAGCAACCUUUAGUUGGAUAAAUACUUGGAAACUAAACUUUGUUUGCCUUGGCUUAAAUAGAAACUUGUUCUUCCUUGAUGUCAUACACUAAAUUUUUUUCAAAAUUUUUGACACAGUCUGUCAAUUAACAUUUUGCACCAGACACUCACACCCUUAAUAUUAGGAGUAAUCGCUAUUUUAGGGAAAUAUAAUUACUUUUGUGUUACAGAUUUUUUGAAACACUUCUUAAUGAAAAAAAAAUUCAGAACAUAAUUCUGUAUUAUUUAGGUUAGGUCCCAUAUCAAAACUUUAUAGACUAGUUUAGAUGUUUCAGAAGAUGAUCUUGACCUUGUUUACAUAGGAAAUGUUAAUAGUCUGGCAGAGUAUAAGCACUACUGUUUAUUUUGAAAUGCACUUGCAUUUGAUACUGACAUUAAAUAAACUUUGAUUUAUUCAAAUUA